AAAGAAGCCUGAACCUCUUGCGGUUUCUCUAAUCAACGGAAAACCAAUAUCUCUGUCCGUCUCCGUUCACGGUUUCAAUGCCAGGUGGUUUGAACGGAAAAAAGUCUGCCUAUGGCGGCCGUACCAGCGUGAGAGUCGUGGUCGUCGGUGACAAAGGAACCGGAAAAUCUAGCUUGAUUGCAGCGACCGCCUCUGAGACCUUUCCCGAUAAUGUUCCGCGCCUCCUUCCUCCUACUCAUCUCCCCGACUAUUUCUACCCGGAUCUCGUUCCCGUCACGGUCAUCGAUACUUCUUCCAGCAUGGAAAAUAGAGGAAAGCUCAUUGAGGAGCUCAGGCGAGCUGAUGCUGUGGUCCUGACAUAUGCCUGUGACCAGCCUAUAACACUUACUCGUCUGACUUCCUAUUGGCUUCCUGAGCUCCGUCGGUUAGAGGUAAAGGUGCCAGUGAUCGUGGUUGGAUGCAAGCUAGAUUUGAGAGACGAGCGCCACCCGGUUAGCCUGGAGCAGGUCAUGGCACCAGUUAUGCAGGAAUUCAGGGAGACUGAGACUUGUAUAGAAUGUUCUGCAGCUACCCUAAUUCAGGUCCCCGAUGUUUUCUUUUAUGCUCAAAGAGCGGUACUUCAUCCAACAGCUCCAUUGUUUGAUCAAGAAAAACAAUGCCUGAAGCCCCGAUGUCGCAGGGCACUGCAAAGGAUAUUUACCCUUUGUGAUCAUGACAUGGACGGUGCUCUCAAUGAUGCAGAGUUGAAUGAAUUUCAGGUUAAAUGUUUUCAUACUCAUUUGCAACCUGCUGAAAUUGUGGGUGUUAAGAGGGUUGUACAAGAAAGGGAACAAAAUGGAGUCAAUGACUUUGGUCUUACCCUUGCAGGAUUCCUUGUUCUUCAUACUCUUUUCAUAGAAAAAGGGCGUCCUGAAACAGCUUGGGCUGUCCUAAGAGAAUUUGGAUACAAUGAUGAUUUAGAACUCAGACAUGAUUUCCUUCCCAUUCCAACAAAGCGUGCUCCAGAUCAGACUGUGGAGCUGACAAAUGUGGCUAUAGAAUAUCUUCGUGGGGUCUUCCGAUUGUAUGACAUUGAUAAUGAUGGAUCCCUACGACCUUCCGAGCUUGAUGACCUAUUUCAAACUGCUCCUGAAAGUCCUUGGGGCAAUGAUCCUUACAAGGAUGCUGUGGAAAGAACACCAGUGGGAAAUUUUGGUUUUAAAGGGUUUCUAUCUGAGUGGGCUUUAAUGACUGCAAUAGAUCCUGCACAUAGUUUAGCAAAUUUGAUAUAUAUUGGAUAUGGGCGGGAUCCAUCUUCAGCACUCUCUGUUACUAGGAGGAGAUCAGUAGACCGCAAGAAGCAAAGAACAGAAAGAAAUGUUUUCCAAUGCUUUGUUUUUGGUCCUAAAAAAUCUGGAAAAUCUGCCCUUCUGGAUUCAUUUCUAGGAAGGAAAUUCUCAGAUGAUUACAUCCCAACAACUGAGGAGCGGUAUGCAGCAAAUGUCGUUGAGCAACUUGGGGGUGUUAAAAAGACCCUUAUUUUGCGAGAAAUACCAGAAGAGAUAGUUAAAAAGCUUUUAUCAAAUAAGGAAUCUUUGGCAGCUUGUAAUGUGGCUGUAUUUGUUUAUGACAGUUCAGAUGAAUAUUCAUGGAAAAGGGCAAGAGAAUUGUUAAUGGAGGUAGCAAGGAGAGGAGAAGAAACUGGUUAUGGGAUGCCUUGUCUCCUUGUUGCAGCCAAAGAUGAUCUGGAUCCAUAUCCUAUGGCAGUACAAGAUUCAGAUAGAGUUUGUCAGCAGUUGGGAAUGGAGAUCCCUAUUUCCUUAAGCAUGAAGUUCAGGGAUCCAAACAAUGUAUUCUGUAGAAUUAUAAGCACAGCUGAACGGCCUCAUUUGAGCAUUCCUGAGACCGAGGCUGGAAGGAAUAGAAAGUACUACCGUCAGCUUGUCAGUAGCUCGCUUAUUUUUGUUUCAGGUUUGAUUGCAGUUGCUGCAGCAGUUGGUGUUACCGGAUUGGCAGCAUAUCGUACUUAUACUGCUAAGAAGAAUGCCUAAACUGCUACUACUUGAUGCAUCUGCUUCUAAAUGAUUAUCUUUCUCAAAGUUAAUAUGAUUUGAAGCCCUUCACUCUUCAGGGCAUGCUAAAAUAAUGCAGGCUGUACAUAAUGCAACUUGCCUUAUGCGCAAGAGAAUCGCAAUCCUCCCUUGUUUGAUUCUUCUUCUUUUCUCUUUAAAAUUAUGUAAAUUAUGUCUGAGUUGUAUAAUUCUUCUUUGAAAAUUUUAAAAUGUUA